AUGGAAGAGAUUUUGGAGAGACAAGAGCGAGAAACUAGAGAAAGAAUGCGUAGAAGAGCUGCAAGCAAGAGGGUGCAGAGAGAACUAGAUGAGCAACUUGGCAUAGCAGUGGCUUUGCUUGAGGAAGAAAACCAGAGCCGCCGUGGUUCACGUGAAGGUCGUCGCUCGAAUGUUGAUAGACAUAGACAUUCUCAAGGUAAGAAUCUUCUAGAAGAUUAUUUUAUCCCACAAUCUCUGUACUCUGAUGUUCAUUUUCGAAAAAAUGCUGCUGGAAAUUUGGGACUUCUUCCCGAGCAAAAGUUCACAGCAGUGAUACGAAUGUUAGCGUAUGGAUCAUAUGCUGAUCAAGUGGAUGAGGUUGUCCGUAUGGGGAAGUCCACUAUUUUGGAGACCUUGGUACGAUUCUGUGAUGCAGUGGAAACUCUGUACACCAGGGACUACCUGCGCAGACCUACGCCCAGGGACCUACAACGGCUUCUACAAAAAGCUGAGAUUCGAGGAUUUCCUGGAAUGAUUGGGAGCAUUGACUGUAUGCACUGGCAAUGGAAAAAUUGUCCAACUGCUUGGCAAAGGGAUUACGGAAACAGGAAAGGGCAGAAAUCAAUCAUCCUUGAAGCAGUUGCUGGAUUCGAUACAUGGGUUUGGCAUGCCUUCUUUGGAGUUGCCAGAUCUCAAAAUGAUUUGAACGUCCUGGGUCAAUCCCCGGUGUUUAAUGAUGUAUUGAGUGGUGAAGCCCCAAAUGUCACCUAUGAAAUCAACCAUACCAUCUACCAAAAUGGGUAUUAUCUAGCUGACGGCAUCUACCCAAGGUGGACCACAUUUUUCAAAUCAAUUCCACAUCCCCGAUCCCAUAAGCAAAAAUUAUUUGCUAACUAUCAAGAUCGAGGGUUACAGAAAAGAUGUGGAGAGAUGCUUUGGUAUCCUCCAAGCGCAGUGGGCUAUUAUUAG